AAGGACCUGGGCGCUGAUGGAGAGGAGGAGGAGUUGGAGGAGGAAGGGGUCGAGGAAGCAGAAGGCGAUCGGCCUAAGAAACGGGGCCCCAAAAAGAGGAAAAUGACCAAGGCUAGGCUGGAGCGCUCCAAGCUACGACGCCAAAAGGCCAACGCCCGGGAACGCAACCGGAUGCACGACCUCAAUGCUGCCUUGGACAACCUCCGCAAGGUCGUGCCUUGUUACUCCAAAACGCAGAAAUUGUCUAAGAUCGAAACCUUGCGGCUAGCCAAGAACUACAUCUGGGCCUUGUCGGAGAUCCUGCGCUCGGGUAAGAGGCCGGACUUGGUCUCCUACGUGCAGACUUUGUGCAAAGGCUUGUCCCAGCCAACCACUAACUUGAUGGCCGGUUGCCUCCAGCUCAACUCAAGGAAUUUCCUUACCGAGCAAGGUCAGGAGGUCGGGAGAUACCACGGGCCCAACUCAACCUUUGCCGUGCACCCCUAUGCCUACCAGUGCUCGCGGAUAACCAGCGCUCAGUGCGCUUCCAGCAUCAUGGCUAGCUCCCACGCCUUGCAGACGCACGCCUACUGCGCCACCUAUGAGUCCCUCUGUGGGAACGCCUCUCCAGACUAUAAUAGCUCGGAAUACGAUGGGCCCCUGAGCCCUCCUUUGUGCGUGAACGGGAUUUUUUCCAAGCAAGACUCUUCCCCCGACCACGAGAAAAAAUACCAUUAUUCUAUGCACUAG